AUGGAGGUGUUCACCCUGCUCAACACCUCCUACGAGGCAGUGCUGAUGAAUGAAAAUGAGAUAAUCCCGAAGCCAGCGUUCCGAAAGCCUAAUCGGCAAGACGGCAGGGAUACAGGGAAAUUCUGUCGAUACCAUCAGCAGAACAGCCACAAUACCGAGGAUUGCAUAAGCUUGUUAAAGAUCGUCGAGCGGUUAAUUCGGGAAGGCAAACUGGAUCAGUACAUAGCCAGGCCGCAGCAGGCGCCAGUACCGAACGCCAAUCGGCAAAUCAACAUGAUCAGCACGAUCAGCGGAGGCCCAACUCUCGCCGGGGCAUCUAACUGGUCAAUGAAGCAGUAUGUCAGGGUGGCACAGUACCCCCAAGUCCUCGGCAUUGAAAGUAGCCGGCACACCAAGAUGCCGAAGGUUAGGUGGGAACCCAUCACCUUCUCUGAGGAAGAAGUGGAAGGGAUCAUCUACCCACAUGACGACCCUAUGAUCAUCCGAGCCGAGAUCGCCGAAUUCGAUGUCGGACGAAUCGACACUGGAAGUUCGGUAAACGUCAUUUUUGCCGAUGUGUUUAAAGAACUCGGAGUAGAUAGCAGCCAGGUCAACCGACAACUUUCGCCUCUCCUCAACUUUUUCGGAGACUUGGUCCAACUAAUCGGCAGUGUCAGCUUGCCAAUCGCAUUCGGCAUAGCCCCACGAAAGACCAUGGUUUACGACCAGUUCCUUGUGCUGGAUUGUCCGACGGCAUACAACGUUAUUGUCGGCCGAACGGCACUCACGGCAAUAAAGGCCCACUUGUCCCCCCACAUGCUGCUCAUGAAGUUCCCAACCUGCUACGGCACGGGGGCAAUCAUGGGCGACCAGUUGAGCGCCCGGAACUGCUACGCCACGGCGCUGAAGUCGACAGCUCCUUAA